AAAUUUCUGUCGCUAAGCAAGGCAUUCGUUAAGUGAGGCGUGCCCCCAUUUUACAAUCUUUCUUGAUGCCUUUGUUAAGGGAAUCACUGCAGUUGUUAAGUGAGUAACCCGGUAGUUAAGAGCCUUCUCCGCUGACCUGGCACGUCAGAAGGUUGCAAAAGGGAUCGUGUGAGCCCCCCCUCCCCCUCCCCGGGACACUGCAACCAUCAUAAAUAUGAGUCAGUUUGCUCGGCGUCCGAAUUUUGGAUCACAUGAACAGCAACCGCCCCACUCUAAUGAUCUCCAGAAAUUCUACAGUUGUCCAUGAAGCCGGCGCUUGGAACGAACCCAAAUUGCUUGCUGCGAAUAAAUUGGUGCAGGAGCCCUUAACAAUGUGUGGGCUGUUUUGGGGGCUCCCAGCGGUAUUGAUGAUGGAGAAGAACUGGACUCAGUAAGGUCGCUUGGAAAGUCCCACUGGGGAAAUAAUUUCCCUUGGACCUUCACUCCUCCAUCAGCCAUGGAGUCUUUGGUGGGCAUUCAGGAAGCCAGCAAUGGUAUCCAGGGCAGUUCUGAACAGCCGCCAGACCUGGAGGCCAAAUCGAAGCGGACAAUGGAAGGAGAGGAUCUUAACUUGCUUAGCGUAAAUAACGGCGGCAUGUCAACGGAAGGGGACACCUUAGCCCUCAAGAGCAGCCAAGAUCCUUGCGCAAACGGACCGAUCUCUUACGACCCCGAACAGCCUGCGGCUUCAGGCCCCGCCGAAAACUCCCGGGGAAACGAACCCGCUUCAGGUGUGCUUGGUUUCCGUCAGCACCUACAGGCGUCUCAGGGCGGUAGUGAUGAGAGCUUAGCUCUUAGGAAGGACACCCUGCAGUCUCUCAAACUAAGCCUCCCUUUGCAAGAAACUGAAUUGUGCUCAGCCGAUGCUCCUCUCCCGCUGGAGAAGGAAGAACUUAUCCGUCUUCAGGCCCGCAAGCGCUUGGAAGAGCAGCUCAAGCAGUAUCGCGUCAAGAGGCAUCAGGAGAGACUAUUUACUGCUAAAAGCCGCCCCUCCAGCACCCUGGAUCCUGAGCUGAUGUGGAAUCCGGAGCUCUUACCGAGGGCCAGCCCCGUGGCGAUGACCAAAGAGUACUCCUUUCUGCGAACCAGUGUUCCUCGAGGCCCGAAAGUGGGGAGCUUGGGCCUCCCAGCUUCCUUGAAAGAGAAAAAAAGUUCCAAAUCUUCCCGAACAAGCCGGAUUCGGUCGCUGGCAGAUUACCGAACGGAAAACCCAGACGGGAGCGCCAGUGGGGCCGUCCCGGUGGCCGAUUCCUCGGGCGGCUCUCUGAAACAGAACUCAAACAGUCUGACCUCGGUUGUGUCCUCCAUCAGUCUGACCCCCGAUUCAGACGACCGCUUGGAAGCUUUGUCCUUGGCGGGAGACAGCGUGUCAGAAAUGGACGGCAGCGAAGCGGGAAUGAGGCUGGAUGGCAAUGAAAGUGACAGCUCGACCUACAGUAGCAUGUCAGGAAGAGGUCUCACUUCCUCCAGCCCCAAAAGCAAGCAGGGGAUGGCCUUCACCAUCAACGGGCAGGAGGUCCCGUUGGAUGCUGUUGGACAGUUUCCUUCCAUCAGGGAGGUACUCCAAGCUGCGGCAACAGAGCAGCGGGCUCAGGACCUGGAAGUCAACGGGGAGCCCAGAAGUCGGCGGGACAGUAUUUCUAGCAGCAUAUCCUUGGAAAGUUCAGUCGCAGGGACUCACGAUGAGCUGCUCCAAGUCCUCAAAGAGAAGAUGAGGCUCGAAGGACAAUUGGAGGCACUGUCAUUAGAAGCCAACGAGGCCCUCAAAGAAAAAACAGAAUUGCAGACCCAGCUGGCUGCGGUCCAGAUGAAGCUCCAAACCCACAUGGAGCAUUCACAGACCAGCCAGCAGAAGCAGGACUCCCUGAAUUCAGAGGUGGCUAACUUGAAGCAGUCCUGCUGGGACCUGGAACGUGCCAUGGCUGAGCUACAAACCACCUUGGAGGCCAAGAACGCUGGCUUGGUUGCUUCCCAUAAUGACCUGCAGUUGGCAGAAGAACAGUACCAGAGACUGAUGGGGAAGGUGGAAGACCUGCAGAAAAAUGUCCUCGGCAAGGACAGCAUGG